GGAACCGGGUUCCGCAAGAGACCGGCUCAGUUGCUGCCGCAUUUGGCCAAAAUGAAAUCGCUUCCAAAGAACAACCCUCUUUCUGUCUUCAUUUUUCAUUAUCUCUUCUAUUCUGUCUACAGCUCGCACUCUGUUUCCAUCUACAUUUCAUUGUUUGACUCUAUCGCUCUCUUUUGUCCGCGUGUCCAUUGCUUCUAUUCUGUCUGCUUGAGUCGCGCUCUCGGUCGUGAAGCCCCGUUCGGGCUGACGUGGCGACUCAGCCGCCGACUUGGCGGGCUAGGCCUGUUCGAGGCGUCGAGACGUGGGCUGCAGGCCGGGCUGAAGACGAGCAGACGGUUUUUUGCAGGCAAGCCCCUAAAACCGGGCUGCACCAAUGAGACGAGGCCGAGUGGAACACGCUCGUCGUCUGAUUGGCGGAGACCUCGACGACACACCGUCCAUCCGGCCAGUCAAAUCGGUCCGUCUCCCCCCGCCCCCCCACCCCGAAUUCAUGCAGAAAGGCCUGAGCCGUCUCGAAAUGUGAAUGCAAAAAAAACAUUAUUUUUCCGCCUCCUCUGUCGCUCCGUCUCUCUCUCUCUCUUACUCUUCAAACCCCGUUCAUCGCUCGCCGUCUCUCUCUCUCUCGCUCGAUCUAGUACCGGCCUGCACUCCCCUCGCCGGGCUCCAUCUAUCAACCCAUGCCGAGAGUUUUCAAUUGAGCCUUUUUCUUUUGUUCUCUCCCCACCUCUCUGUCGCUCUCUCACACGGCAAAAAUCACGCUUUUUCCGGCCAAUUGCAGUUGACCUGACGGCCUGCUUCGCCCUCUGUCUACUCUUCGCCCGACUGUGCUGUCUGUCUGGUUGUGAGGCAGAUUUGGGUGUGUUUUUUCGCUGGACUAUCUGCCUUCGCGUCGCGUCCGCACAAUUCGACUGCCUCCGAGACACUUGGUUGGGUCUUGGCCAUCGGUUGCCCGGCCGACCGACCAACUCUGUUGCCGACCCGCUUACCUGCGCGACGUCUGCGGAUUUUCCCACUUGGUUUGCACGCCCACCCAACCCUACGACCCUCGCAACGGCUGGUGUCUGGCCCGGGCUCGCUGCGAGCCAAGCGUCCGGCGGCGCCAUGAACCAGUACUCUUCGUAA